CCUUCACACUCUCUGCUGUUCCAGGAGAAAGGCUUGAGCAGAACCAAGUUCCAGGGAACGAGAAGCUCCUAUUAACCUGGAAGCAUGAAGAAAGGAGGCAGCAUGCAGAAAGGAGACGACAUCGUUACCCAGCAAAUUUGCCUGGAGAAGGACUUGCGGGAUGGAGAGAUGCGAGAAGUGGAGGUUGCUGGUUACCCAGUGCUACUGUUGAGGGACCAUUUGCAGAUCUACGCGGUGGGAAGCAAGUGCCCUCAUGCUGGAGCACCCCUCUGCAAAGGCUAUUUUAGACAUGGGCGCUUGCGCUGCCCCUGGCACGGUGCCUGCUUCAGCACCCAGACUGGUGACAUCGAAGAGUACCCCACGCUGGAUUGUCUUCCCAUUUUUGAGGUGACAGUGGAAGAUGGAAAGGUGUUCAUCACUGCCAGCCUGAAGGACCUCGCAAGCAAGGGCAAGGUGAAACCUAUGAGCCAGCGAAGCCCACUUGCCAGGCAGGUGGUGCUGCUCCUGGGAGCAGGGCCGGCGGCACUAACGUGUGCUGAGACACUUCGUCAGGAGGGCUUCAAGGGUCGGAUCCUCAUGGUGACGAGGGAAAAGCACUUGCCCUAUGAUAAGACACAGCUCAGCAAGGACAUGGCAGCCAAGGCAGAGAGCCUUUACCUGCGGUCUCAGAGCUUCUUGGAUGCUCACGACAUAGAAGUCUGGAGGGAAAAAGAGGUAGUUUCUCUAGACACCUCCAACAAGACGGCACAUUUCCGUGAUGGGUCCGACCAGGCCUACGACCACCUGCUCAUUGCUACGGGCAGCGACCCCAGGCGACUCGAGACCCCCGGCAUCAAACUCCAGAACGUGUGUUAUCUCCAGACUCCAGAAGAUGCCAACAGGAUCCUGCAGUUGGCAUCCGGCAAGCGGGUCGUGAUCGUUGGAGCAUCGUUCAUCGGCAUGGAGCUGGCUGCCACCCUGUCGAGCAAAGCCCUCAGCAUCCACGUGAUAGAGAAGGCCGACUCUCCCUACCAGGAAGCACUGGGGCCCGAGGUUGGAAACCUCGCCUUGAAGAUGCUUCACCAACAAGGAGUCCUGUUCUCAAUGAAGACAGAGGUCGCUGAGCUGCUAGGGGACCGUGAUGGGAAGGUCGCCCGUGUCCUUUUAUCCAACAGGCACAAGAUCGCAGCAGAUGUAGUGGUGAUAGGAAUAGGGGUUGCUCCCAACACGCGCUUUCUUCAGGGCAGCUCCGUCGCCCUGGAACAGAACGGCACCAUUCUUGUGGACCUGUUCAUGAAGACAAAUGUCCCCGAUGUCUUUGCUGCUGGGGACGCAGUCUCCUUUCCCGUGGCCCUGUUCAACUGGAAGAACACCCACAUCUACCACUGGCAGAUUGCCCAAGCCCACGGGCGUGUGGCUGCCCUCAACAUCUUGCAGAGGCAGGAGAAGCUUUACACGGUGCCUUUCUUCUGGACCAAGUUGCUCGGGAAAGUCAUCCGAUAUGCAGGCUACGGGAAAGGCUACACGGACACAGUGGUGAAGGGCAACUUGGACGAAGAGAAGUUUGUCCUCUUCUACAUUAGAGACAACUUUGUGACUGCAGUCGCCAGCCUGGAUUUUGACCCUGUGGUGGCCAUGGUGGCUGAAGUCCUCUACUCAGGAAGAAGGAUCACCAAGCACGAAGCGGAGAUGAUGGAACUGACUGACCCGUGGGUAGGAUCCACAGGAGCUGGUCACAGUGCCUGCCAAGCUGCAAUAAAAUAUUAA